UUGUUUUUGGAUGGUGAUGGUUUGUGCAGAUGACUUAUUUUUUUACAUGGCAUACAUCUCUUUGAGGAAAUUUGAAUAUGGGGAAUGCAAGUUUCUUGUGGAAUGCUAUGACGAAAUCCAUAACAGGUGGGCUGAUAGCUCUCACCAUUUCAGAUAGAUAUGCAAGUAUUGUUUCUGUUCAUGGCCUAUCCAUGUAUCCUACAUUCAAUUCAAGCACCAAUACAUUUUUGGGAUCCUUAUCAGAUGACUAUGUUUUAGUGGAGAAGUUUUGCCUUGCAAAUUACAAAUUUACAGAUGGAGAUGUGAUAGUAUUUCGGUCCCCCAAUAAUCACAAGGAGAAACACAUAAAGAGAAUAAUUGCCAUGCCAGGUGACUGGAUCAAAGUCCCUCAUUCAUAUGAUAUGUUGAAGAUU